AUGGACUCUGAUAGAGACUUUGCAGCUGUUGAAACGUCUAUCAGAAAGCACCAAUCAAUUUAUACAAUAGACCAAUAUAUUUCUAUCAUGGCAGAAGCCAGGAAAAAAACACCUUUCAAUAUUACAAGAAUGGCGGACAAAUUUGUUGAUAUAAAAGAGCUUCCAAGAAAACUUGGACUCGUCGAUAGAAAAAAAACUAACGAGAAAUUUUCAUUCAGAGUUGUGAGAUGGAUCCAGAUUGAGGAAUUUGGUAUAACAAAGUACAGAUACUCUUUUGAUGAAACAGAAAAUUGGACUAUUGUUGAUAUAAGAAAACAGCGGAAUCUCGAUAAGAGAGGACAAAAUGAACCUUUAUUAGUGAACGUCGAUAGAAGCCGACCUAUUGGGGCCAACAAGUUUGACAAUAUUCAGGAACAGAUUCCUUUCAUACCAGAAAAUUUUAAAGGAUUUUAUGAAAACUUAAGAAGAGGAGACGAUUAG